AUGGCAGCAAUGAGAGCUCGACACAAGAUUCGAGCCCCACGAAGGGGAUUUUCGCAUGCGAAAACCGAUGACUUCGAUUCCAUAUGGACCGUUCUUUCUUCCUCAUUGACUGAAAUCAACACGAAAAAUGCUUCGUCUCUAUCAUUUGAGGAACUAUAUCGCCACGCCUACAAAAUCGUGUUGAUGGUGCGGGGUGAUGAGCUUUAUGAAAAGGUCAAAAGCUUAGAAUCGGAGUGGCUACAAACCAAUGUUCAAAAGAUCAUUACAGAUUCAAUUUCGUCAAGCCUAGUGCUGGCGCAAAAAUCCACCGAUGCCCAGGAUCAAUCGAGUGAGAGGAGAGAGGCGGGUGAGAAGUUCCUAGCUGUUCUGAAGGACGCAUGGGAAGAUCAUCAGCUAUGUAUGGGCAUGGUGACCGAUGUUCUGAUGUACAUGGAUCGCAUGAUAACCACAUCCCACACCAAGCCCUCCAUAUACGUUACUUGUAUGGCACUGUUUCGUGACAAAAUUCUCCGAUCUUCCAUUCGCACUGGCUCUUCUACCACCGUCAUCGAUAUACUCGAAUCAACCGUAUUGUUUAUGAUUCAACUAGAACGGUCUGGUCACAUCGUUGAGCGUCCGCUUAUACGGCACUGCAUCCAAAUGUUGGAGGGCCUUUAUGAAACUGCAACAGAAGAGGAAAAUUCGAAGCUUUACUUGACGGUGUUUGAGCCGGCGUUCCUCGAGACCAGCAAAGAGUUCUAUCAGGCAGAAGGGCAGCGGCUCUUGGAAAUUGGAGAUGCUUCCACAUUUUGCCGGAUCGCCACUGAGAGAAUUGCAGAAGAACAGGAGCGGUGCCGCUACACACUAGCACUCGGGACAGAGCCUAAAAUUCUUGAGUUGCUUGAUCAGCAGCUGAUCCGGAGCAAUAUUGACGAGGUCGUCAACCUCGAAGGAACUGGUGUACGACAUAUGCUGGACCACGAUCAAUUAGAAGGGCUACAACAUGUCUACCUGCUUAACGCAAGAGUUGACAGGAAGAAACAGGCUUUGACAAAAGUGGUCACUAAACGUGUGGUGGAGAUGGGCAAGGAAAUCAAUGCCUCGUCCAUCCUCCUGCCUCAAGCUCAGGCACCCAUUCCGCCGGCAGAGAAGAGCGGGGAAGUUUCGGCAAUUCGCUGGGUUGACGACAUUCUUGCCCUCAAGACGAAGUUCGAUGGCAUUUGGGAGAACGCCUUCGCAUCUGAUCAGGGCCUCCAAAGUUCAAUUGGUGCCAGCUUCGCCGAAUUCAUCAACAUGAACUCCAGAAGCUCCGAGUAUCUCUCGCUCUUCUUCGAUGAAAACCUGAAGAAGGGAAUCAAAGGAAAGACCGAGAAUGAGGUGGACACUCUCUUGGACAACGGUAUUAUGCUGCUGCGAUAUAUCAAAGACAAGGAUCUCUUUGAAACAUACUACAAGAAGCACUUGUCCCGCCGUCUACUGAUGAAACGCUCUGUAAGCAUGGACGCAGAACGACAAAUGAUCUCGAAGAUGAAGAUGGAGGUCGGCAAUCAAUUCACCCAGCGCAUCGAGUCUAUGUUCAAAGACAUGACUGUUUCGGAAGAUCUCACAACCAGUUACAAGGAACACAUUGCCCGCAAUGGUGAUCCUGACCAAAAACCGGUGGACUUGGAGAUCAAUGUGCUCACCAGUACAAUGUGGCCAAUGGAAAUCAUGGCCAACACGAAAGAAGGGGACAUCCAGUUAUCUUGCAUUUUCCCCAAGGAAAUCGAUACUCUCAAACAAAGCUUUGAGCGUUUCUAUCUUGACAAACAUAGUGGCCGCAAACUUUCGUGGCAAGCCAGCAUGGGAACCGGAGACCUUCGAGCCACUUUUGUCCGCUCAAACGGCAAGGUACAACGAUAUGAGCUCAAUGUAUCAACGUAUGCCAUGGUCAUCCUAUUACUAUUCAAUACCACCCCGGAUGGCGAGGCUAUCACAUUUGAUGAGAUCAAAACUCGCACUCAGAUUCCCGAUCACGAUCUCAUCCGUAAUUUGCAGUCACUAGCAGUUGCUCCGAAAACCCGAGUCUUAAAGAAAGACCCAAUGAGCAAAGAUGUCAAGCCUACAGAUAAAUUCACCUUCAAUCACGACUUCCACAGCCCCUUCGUGAAGGUACGCAUUGGAGUCGUCAGCGGUGGCGCCAACAAGGUCGAAAAUCAGGAUCAGCGCAAGGACACCGAGAAGAAGAUGAAUGAAGAACGCGGUGGCAGUAUUGAAGCUGCCAUUGUUCGUAUAAUGAAGCAACGAAAAACUCUCACCCAUUCUCAAUUGAUGACCGAGACUCUUUCCCAACUUUCUUCUCGCUUCGUACCAGAUGUCAACAUGAUCAAGCGGCGUAUUGAGAGCCUGAUUGACCGUGAAUACCUGGAGCGAGUUGGCGAGGAGCCACCUACCUAUGGGUAUGUUGCAUAG